UAAAAACGCGAGUAUUUUGUUUUGGCUUUUUUUUUUUGAAAAAAAGAUCGGGUAGAAAAUAUUAAAUAAAAAAUAUCUUGCAUGGCGUUUGAAAGAGAAUUUGAAAGAAUCUCUUCCAAUUGUUGAUCAAAUAAAUGAUGAAGAAAUUUAAUAAUAAAACAUUUUGGAUGUAAAAGGGAAAAAGGGACCUAAUCAUACCGUCGUAGUCAUUGAAGUAAAAAAAAAAAUUUGUACCAAAUUUUCAAUCGAUUUAGUCAAAAUGAACAAUUGAUCUGAAUGCCUACACAACUUUCAAAUUAUAUGCGACAAUUUUCGAUUUGCGUACUUGUAUAUUUCUCAUAACACUUCAUUGUUUUUGUUGUUGUUUAAAUUUAUAAUAUGGAUGACAACUUAAGUACGAAAUCAUCAGAAUCAUCAAUAACCACAAGUGGAGAAUAUGAAAUCGUUACCGAUAGUAAUGUGGCCACACCUCUUGACGUACAACCAUCAUUGAAUAUUGCUAAUAAUCGUAAUAUAUCAGAUUUGCAACAUGCAAUGACUGAUGCCUUAAAAGAUCUGGAAUCAGAUAAAUCGUGCGACGUCAUCGCAAAUCGUAACGUAACGUUAAAACAAAAAUCCUUAACGUUACCUUUAAUUGGAACUUCAAGUCCAAUCUUAGUUGUGCCAGAUAAAACUAACGAACUCGAUACUGAUUUGAUUGCAAGUAAUAUGAAAACAAAGACUUCUUUAUCUUAUUGCGGGGCAAAAAGUACACCAACACCGAAGAGCGACGAUUCCACCUCAGAAAUGAAUCGUGUAGGCCAGUCAGUAUUUUAUGAUUGCAUGGACUCGGCCACAGCAGCUGUACGAGUAGCGACUGUUGACCGAGCUUCUGGCGACAGUCAAGAGAUUAAGGAAAAGCAGGACAUUAUGAAACCGGAAAAAAACGACACCGAUGAAGAGAUUUCAGAAAUUGAUCAAGGUUGCACAAUUUUCUCCGGCGUUACUUAUUUAGGAAGAUCUAAUAUUAACGCUCCUAAAUCAGAAGGUGAAGUAUACCGAAUAAUGAGCGAAUUAAAUAGCGGGUCUUGUUCGGAAGGUGUAAAAAUCUCUAUUAGUAUACCGAACUGCUCCGACGGUUUAGUGGUUUUACAUGACGCUGAAACUAAUAGCAUUAUAGCCAGGUAUGAAAUUCAAAGUAUUAUUUUAUAUUUUCGCGGUCCUAUUGAAACUGUCGAACAUGGUUGUUUUGCCUUCACUUGGCUACAUGGUGAAUCUUUGUUUCUAUGCUACGUAUUUCGUUGCCAUAUUCCCGAAGCCGUCGAUCAAGUUAGCGCUUGUUUUCAAAAGGCCUUUAACGCAUAUCCUCCCAGCAUGACUUGCAGUUUAACUUCGGCCGUGGAUAGUAAUAUGAUCAAUUCAGUUACGUCAGAUGUUAGCGGCAACCUUUUGAGCACGGCUGGCUAUGAAUUCAUUGUUUCGUUAGAGAUACGGGAGAAAAUGGCGAAGAACUCCUUUUCUCCGGUGCCACGUGAUCGUAAUUGCUUCAAGCUCCGUGCCAAUACUGAUAAGGAGGUGUACAUUACCGUUAAACAGACUCCGUCUACUGUUUUACAACCUCUCUUCAUAGAACGUUGUUUUGGUGUUUUGUUAAGUCCUGGGAAAUUGGUGCGUCAAGCAGAUAUGCGUCUAAUUGAUAUGAUAGGCAUGGGCUAUUUGCAACAGCAAGCAUCGUCAGUGGGUAGUGGUGAUAUAUCAAUACCGGUCAAUACGUCACUUCCAUUAAAUCCGUAUUACAUACGCGCUGAAUGGAAGGCUGGUGAAAAAGCUUUCGAACAGUUAAACGUAGAAACGUCGAAAACGUUCCUAACCGUAGCAGUAGACAUCGUAAUGCGAGGAAUACAAGAGCCCGUACGAUUUGUUAUAGAAACACCAGUCACUAUACAAUCAGCCGGCGAAUUGCGCAUUAGGGACCAUUUUAUACCAAAGCGUCCCAUGACGUUGGGUUUCUAUUUGCAUUUGAAACGUACCACUGAUGAUUUUAGUUGGAAAGUUAAUUCUAUAGAUCCUUCCGAAGAAAUCAUUGAACAACCGCAACAGACGGGUUCUUCUUCUUCGUCGUAUUUGUUAAAAAUCGGUAUGAACAAUUUGUCGCGCAUUGUACGCUCUUCAUCAAUUGCUUCGAUAGAGGAUGAGUGCCCGAGCGAUAACGAUGAGUUAUCGGAUGGCGACGAACCAUUGCUUAGCGGUACGGGCGAGGUGUCUAAAGAUUGCUCGCAGGAUACGCUUGAUGAAUGGGAUCCGAUACUCAAGGAAUGGGAUGGUGAAAAAAGGCCAAAAAAUCUGGCUAAUUUAGUGCGGUUGGGUGUGCCAGAAGCAUUACGUGAAAAAAUCUGGCAAAAAUUAGCAAGUAUCGAGUCUAAAACCGAAAUGAAUGAUAUGUACAAGAUAUUAAUAACCAAAGAAACAAAGUGUGAAACCGUAAUACAACGUGACAUACAUCGAACAUUUCCAGCUCAUAAAUGCUUUAAGGAAAGUGGUGGUUCAGGCCAAGACUCUCUUUUCAAGGUGUCAAAGGCCUACGCGGUUUACGAUAAGGAAGUAGGAUAUUGUCAAGGUUUAAGUUUCAUAGCCGCCAGUUUGCUGCUGCACAUGCCAGAGGAAGAUGCUUUUUGCGUUUUGGUCUCAUUGAUGUAUGAUUAUGGUUUACGUGAUCUCUACAAACAGGGAUUUGAAGUUCUCUAUUUACGCCUCUAUCAGCUAGAACGUCUGAUUAAAGAUCACUUGCCUAAAUUACAUGAACAUUUUGUGGCCUGUGGCAUUGAAACACACAUGUAUGCCUCGCAAUGGUUUCUUACCUUAUUCACUGCUCGCUUUCCCUUGUGUUUCGUAUUCCACGUAUUGGAUGUAUUUCUUUUAGACGGGCUGCCAUUGUUAUUCCAAGUAGCCAUUACGUUAUUGUCAAUUUGCGAAAAUGAUUUACGACAACUCGAUUUUGAAGGCAUUUUAAAAUAUUUCCGUGUCACUUUGCCCAAAAAAUGUCGUAGUUCUAGCCAGGCUAGGCGUAUUAUGAAAAUGGCCUGUGAGCGUAAAAUUAAAAAGCUUAGGCAUUACGAAGACGAGUUUAUGCUAAAGAAGCAAGAUAAAGAGCGUAUAGAGAAGGAAGCACAGAUCUAUGAGAAUCGUUUUGGUGAAGAACGUCGCAAACUUCAAAGUGAAAUUGUUGAUAUGCAACAAAAACUGGCAGAGGCCAAUGAACGUGCCAUUGAAAAGGAGCGAAAACAUACAGGCAUUAUACAGGACUAUAAGCAAAUUAUUCAACGCUUGGAGCAGGAUAUAACAACAUUAAAUGAAAGUUUGGUCAACUUUCGAAAUGUUGUGUCCAAGUGUAAUAUUUGCUCAAAACAUUAUGAUUCACAAUAUGUCAAAUGCGAAGCCGCAUCUUCGAAAUCAAUUGAUAACCGCUUGUCACUUACGGCCAUCAAACAUUACAAUGAUGCUCCAUUAGGUCCUUUGGACCCUCUGCAUACGGCAUUGCAACGUAUACGGGAAUUGGAAUUGGAGUUGGCUCGAGCGAAAUUGGCUCAGGUUGAAGCGGAAUGCAAAAAUCAGGAUCUCAAUCAUCAAUUGAGCACUACCAUUACAGAAAUGCAUACGAAUCGAAAUAGCUGGCAACCGUGGUUAUCGAAAACGCUAAAUACUCUGCAAGAAAAGGUCGCAACGCGCACUGGCCGAGAAGCACAAGCCACAUUUCAGUCAUUUAUGUCAUCUGCAGGCAGUGAAACCAAUUCUCCCAGCGGUCAUCAGGAAUUUAAGGCUUUUUCAGUAAGCAACUCACCGAAAUUGCAAACGAAAUUUCAAGCUACCCGUUUGCGUAACAGUAUCGAUAGUUUGCGUAACAUCGUUGUACCGUUAGAGGCCAGUGGAAAAAUUUUAAUAAACGAUAAAUAAAUGUUAACAAAGCACAAGAAAAAAAAGAAAAAAUGAAAAAAGGAAAGUGUAUUAGAAAAUAUCCACUUUUCACUUUUAAAUGCUUAUUAACCAGAAAGCAUUGAUUACAUAUAUAUGCCUCCACAAUAUACUAAAUACAAUACAUACAAUUUAUGUGAUUUGCAAAACCCAAAA